UUGGCAACACUGACCUUUAUUUACAUCCUCAACACGCCGGGUAAACAUCAGAACGUUUAACAUUUUCCUUUUUUGUGCAAAAUUAACCGUGCUUCUUUAUAAAGCUUUGUAUUAUCUCAAAAAAUGGCAAGACCGAUUUCGUUCGUCACGGGAAAUGCAAAGAAACUCGAGGAAGUACGUGCCAUUCUGGGGUCCUGUUUUCCACGGGAAAUCGUUGCUGUAAAGCUGGACCUUCCUGAGUUGCAGGGUGAGAUUGAUGACAUCUGCAAACGCAAGUGUCUCGAGGCGGCUCGGCAAGUGAAGGGACCGGUAAUGGUAGAAGACACAUGUUUAUGCUUUAACGCAUUAAAAGGACUCCCGGGUCCAUACAUCAAAUGGUUCCUCGACAAACUAGGCCCCGAAGGAUUGCAUAAGCUUCUCGACGGUUGGGAAGAUAAAUCCGCACAGGCAGUCUGCACGUUCGCGUACACGGAUCAACCGGACGGCGAGGUGGUGCUGUUCCAAGGACGCACCGAUGGCAUCAUUGUGGCACCACGUGGUCCACGAGAUUUCGGCUGGGAUCCGAUUUUCCAGCCUACCGGUUAUGAGCAAACGUACGCCGAACUACCAAAGCCGAAAAAGAACGAAAUCUCGCAUCGAUACCGUGCGCUAGCCAAGCUGGCAGAGCAUUUCUCCAGUGAAAGUAAAUGA